GAGAGAGAGAGAGAGAGAGAGAGGCAGAGAGAGGGUCAGUGAAUAGGGGAGUGAGAGCGAGUGUGACAGAGUAGCAGUAGCUGUGUUGGUCACACCGCAACGAGGUUGUAUGCGAGCGUCUACUUGAUUCUUGAUCUCUUUCCCGUCUUGUACCCAUUGUUUCCCCUCUUUUUAUACGCAUCCCUCAGGAAUCACGCACACGCAUACACGGAGAGAUACCCGGGUCGAGGGAGAUUCUUUCCCAUUCCGAAGAGCGAAACCGUUUCCCAUUUUUUUUCUCUCCUUCUCUUUUUACCAAGCUCCGGCACCACAGAAUCGACCCAGAACAGAGUGUCUAGCUUUCAUACACAGGGGAGCCUCGAAAUGGAGGUAGAGGGUGAGAUAAAACUGUCCAAGUUCGGAAGGAUUUGCGUCUUCUGUGGGAGUAGCCAGGGGAAGAAGAGCAGCUAUCAGGAUGCCGCUAUUGAGCUGGGCAGAGAACUGGUGUCGAGGAACAUUGAUCUGGUCUAUGGUGGAGGUAGCAUAGGCCUCAUGGGCUUGGUCUCGCAAGCUGUUCAUGAUGGCGGUCGGCACGUCAUUGGAGUCAUUCCCAAGACGCUCAUGCCCCGAGAGUUAACUGGUGAGACAGUAGGAGAGGUUAAGGCAGUCGCGGAUAUGCAUCAAAGAAAAGCAGAGAUGGCUAAGCAUUCAGAUGCUUUUAUUGCCUUGCCUGGGGGUUAUGGAACCUUGGAAGAGCUGCUUGAAGUGAUCACCUGGGCCCAGCUUGGCAUUCACGAUAAGCCGGUGGGAUUGCUUAAUGUGGAUGGAUACUACAAUUCCUUGCUCUCAUUCAUCGACAAAGCUGUAGAGGAGGGGUUCAUCAGUCCGAGUGCUCGUCAAAUCAUCGUGUCAGCCCCUACAGCCAAGGAAUUAGUGAAGAAAUUGGAGGAAUAUGUGCCAUGUCAUGAAAGAGCAAUCUCAAAGUUGAAUUGGGAGGUUGAGCAGCUUGACUAUUCUCAAGACUAUGAUAUUUCUAGGUGACAAAUUUGGGUCUCACAGUGCCACUAGGGAAAGUUGAGAGAAGAAUUUAUAGACAUGAAAAGUAGAAGAAAGGAACUAAUUUGGAAUAUCUUGGCGGUUUUUCCAGUUGAGAAAAAUCCUUCUUGUUUUUGUAAAUUCACUUGCACUUUGACUAUGAUAUGUGAAGCUUCGUAUUCCCUUGAAAUGAAGAUAUCUUGAUUUUGGUUUCC